UGCUUUCGCUUUCUCUACGGUGAGAGUUGGUGGGUCACAGUGGAGAAUUCACAGGGAAAUUUAGCUUGGGGGAGUUUCCAUUGCAGCGGAGGUGGGGUAACAAGGGUUUGACUUGUGAGUGAGGGCUUGUGGUCCUGAGCAGUACAAGCAGUGUGUUCAAAGCGUGUGUACAGUAGUGUUUGUACAGCAGUAACCAUAAGUCGUUUCUGUAGUAUACACUUUGUUUUACCUGUAGACAGACUAAUUCCACACCUUUGUUCCUGACACCUUUUAUUUUUCUACAACAACAAAGUGGUGUGUAAAUAUGAAGUUGCUGGAGGACUCUGGCAGUCGCUUCAGGUUUUCUCAGUCCUGUGUGGGGUUGGCGGGGAGCCUGUGUGUAUGUUAUGCAGUCUGGACACCAUUCUGGCUGAAGGACAGGGGACUCUGGACAGAGUGGAAUAACACUAAAAGUGACCAGACAAAUCCUACAGGUGGCAUCGUCUUCAACGCCCUGGAAGCAGAGAGAGUCUUUGGAGUUGUUUCCUUCCUCAUGGCUGUGAGCACUGGUGCUUUGAGUCUGGUGUUUGCCCUCUGCUGGACGCCUCGGACGGUGCGCUCCUACUCAAACACUCGCUCUCUCCUCAUGGCAGGACAGGCCCUCUACCCGUCCACACUGCUGCUGCUCACUAUGGCCUCUACAGGUUUUUUCUUCCUCCUCAGCUGGUCUCUUUUCACCCAUCAGCACCGGGAAGAAAUCCGUCAAGACUUCUCCAGCCUCGGCUCCUCCUAUUGGCUAGGGGCUUUAGGUUGGGUCCUGCUGUUGGUCGUGGAGAUGAUAGUCUUUAUAGCUGAGCAAGCUGUCGUGCCUGACAUCCUACCAGACUUAGAGACGGCUGUGGAGGCGUGGCGGAUUUCCUCUCAACUUAAGGCCGCUAAACGCUCUUUCAGCGAUACUUAUUACCCUGGUAACAGGAAAAGCAACAUGGCUCCCAAGAGCCUUAAGUGGAUUUCAGAAAUAGGGACAUGACAGAGGAAAUGGAUUUGAAUGUGUAAGUUGCACAAUAAAGCACACAGACUGAAUGAGAAACUAGCAAUUUCUAGUUGCUUUAUAGAUCUAUACAACCAGACUGAAUAUUGAUUAACUGUGCUGGAAGUUAAGUGUUUGCCAGAGGAAUUAAAAGUCUGAGUCCUGGAAGUCAGUGGGACUAAAGGCUCGGAAAUGAAAUAAAAACACACUAAAGACCGACAAUACUGGCUGGGAAACUGGGCAACAAAUGUAAGAUGAGAACUGUUCUCUGACAAAGUGCAUGUGUAGACUGGCGUUUGAAAAGUUUUGAAUUUCAUUAGUCUUUGUCCAGGUUUGCCCCUGGACCAGGAACAGGUCCCGUUGUGGAGGGUUUUCAGUUGAAUUCAUGUAAACAAGACACUCAACUAAACAUUCAACUAGUAACUUUAACUGAAAGUUUCAGUAGGAGCUGCGAUGCACUGUAGUUGCCGACAGUUAAAAUAGCGGCAUCUUUUCAUGCACAUCUGACACUUUUGACAGUCCUCAACCAACAACAGCAAAAUAGGUUAUAUUUAAAUUAUGUCAAGUAAAAAUUGUGUUUCUUUGUUGUUUUCCUAUGAAAUGUUUCCUGUUUGCUGAUGAUGAGUAAUACACAGCACACGCAUCUGUGGUCAUACCCUAUUUCAAUGAUCCCUUAUUUUUAUUACUAAUUAGUUGUCAUAUGGUAUGAUAAAAAGUAUGUUCAACAAGGCUUAGUUUGACUAUGCUUUGAUGUGAUGUCCACACCUUUCCACAAACCUAAAUAAAAGGUUUAAAAAGUUUA